CAGAGUCACAUGUCAACGUGUUCGGCGACUUACCAAUUGAAUUCCCUUGGAAGGCCUGGCUUGUUCGGGCCUGCACACCUUGCUUGAUUGCUUGUAUUCGAGUUUGGAGCCUCUCGAUUCGAGCUGGUGGUGGAAGGAAUUCCAUCGAGGGGGUAGCCGUAGCCUUCACGGAUUGAAACCAGUCCUAGGAUUUUGUGUCUGGAGAGUAAUCUGGCACCAACAAGGGUCUUGGGGGUUGAGGUUUAUUCCGCGGGUGUUGUUAAGUUGCGAGAUGAUGGGCGGUGUUUGGAUUCCGAAUCACGGAGAUCGUGAACCCUGCUUGGAUUUGUAUUGAGGGUUGGCUGUGAUAUCGGUCUUUGUUUUUUGUUUUGUUUUGUUUUGUUUUGUUUUUUUUUGUUUGUUUUUCUUCUUCUUCCGGAUAAUGAAUUAGGGCGUGGAGCAUGUAUUGAUCACUUUGGCAAAAUUUUGGUGAGUGGGUUUUAGGCACACAUCUGCUUGUAGGUUUCCGUUUGCCUGGCAGCACAACGCGGUUCAUUGAAUCCGGGUGGUUUUUAUUUUAUUUAUUUUUUGUUUUCGAAGAGUUGCAGGGUCUUCUGCUCCUCGGAGCUCCCGUCUGCAGGUCUGAUUGUGCAUUAAAAUUAGGCAACAUGGACGAGUAUCAGCAUUACGAGCGGUUCAACUUAGACAAUGAUUUCGAAGACGGAAAGUGGAUUGGGGGCGACUUUUUUGCCCGGAAGCAGAAAGGAAAGAAGCGACAGUCGAAGGAGGAGGCACUGUAUGGUGUGGAUGAUAGUGAUUCGGACUAUGAGGAGUCAGGGAAGAGGAGGCGUCGGGGGGACAAUAAGAAGAGCGACUUGACCAAGCCUGUGAGUUUUGUGUCAACGGGGACAGUCAUGCCAUCGGAAGAGAUUGACAAGGAAGAGAAAGAGGAGCAUGCGGCUGGUGUAGGUGCUGGAUUAGGGUUCGGAACCGCAGGUCUGGGAUCCGCCGCUGGUCUAGGGUUCGACACGAACGGGGGUACGAAACAGGGGGACAAUGCUGAAGAGGAGGAAUUGCUUCCGACAGCAUUUGGGAGAAGGAUCAAAGAAGGAGCAGAGCGGAGGGAACUGGAGAGAGAGAAGGGAAAGAAAGCUGCUACUAAGGCGAAAUCUUUGGCUAGUGGAGGUCAAGGUCCUGGCCCCUCUUUUGAAAUGUUCACCAGAGGUAUUGGGUCGAAGUUGCUGGAGAAGAUGGGUUACAAAGGAGGAGGUCUUGGGAAGAAUGAGCAGGGUAUUGCGCAACCUAUUGAAGCGAAACUUCGACCAAAGAACAUGGGUAUGGGAUUCAACGAGUUUAGGGAAACAUCAACUGGAUUGCCUCCUCCACCUGGGAUGCAGCAACCAGAUGAAGAUGUUGUGGCAGAGAAACCAAAGUCUAAGGAGAGGCUAUGGACGAAGAAAAACAGAGGGAAAAAGAAAACGGAGCUACGAACUGCAGCUGAGCUGCUAGCGGAGAAGGAGGCCCAAAAUGGAGGGGUUGUCCGUCAGACAGUUCUCGACAUGCGAGGUCCCCAGCCCAGGUUGCUCACUAAUCUGGAGAACUUGAAUGCCGAGCAGAUGGCAAUAGAGGAUAAUAUUCCAAUGGCUGAGUUGCAACACAAUCUCCGUUUAAUUGUAGAUUUGACAGAGGCAGAGGUUCAAACUUGCAAUCAGAAGUUGCAGAAUGAGAGAGAUACAGUGUUAAUUCUUAAUAAAGAUAGAGAGCGACUGGAAACUGCAGUAGGUGCUCAGAGGAAGCAGAUUGCUGUCCUGGAGGACGUGAUGGCUUCUCUUGAACAGAUUCAGAGACAAAUUGAUGAAGGAGGAAUGACUUUAGAGAGUUUAGCCAGCGCGAUUGCAAGAGUUAGGUAUACAUACCGAGAUGAGUUCAAGUUAUUCAGUGUGGGCAUCAUAGCCCUUUCCAUGGCUCUGCCAUUGAUGAAUAUCCUCUUUAGAAGUUGGCAGCCAUUUGUGCAACCCCUGCAUGGUAUCGAGGCCAUGACUGCAUGGCAGGAGCUCUUACAAGGAAAUGAAACACAAGAUCAUGCAAUAUUUCAAGACAUCGACAAUUCGCCUUACAUCCAGUUAGUUCUCGAGAUUGUUUUCCCACACAUCAGAUUGGCCACAACAAACAUGUGGCAACCUCGAGAUCCGGAGCCAAUGCUAAGGUUUCUCGAGGCGUGGGAUAAGUUGCUCCCUGGAGGGAUUAAACAGAGUAUCCUCGAAGGACUUGUCAUGCCUAAGCUGACCGCUGCGGUGGAUGCAUGGGAUCCUCGCCUUGAAGAAGUCCCCAUCCAUGCGUGGCUCCAUCCCUGGUUACCUUGGCUAGGUGCUCGAAUGGAACCUCUUUAUGUUCCCAUUCGAUACAAGUUAAAUGUUGCCUUAGUGAAUUGGCACCCAGGAGACUCCUCUGCUUUAGCUCUUCUUUCUCCUUGGAAAACUGUGUUUGAUCCUGCCAACUGGGAGAUGUUAAUUUUGCGUUCGAUAAUGCCCAAGCUUAUCCAGGCAAUGCAGGAGUUUGUGAUAAAUCCUGCCAACCAAAUUCUAGAUCAGUUUCACUGGGUUAUGGCAUGGGUUUCGGCUGUACCUUCGCAUCACAUGAUUAAUCUUUUGGAAGUAAACUUCUUUCCAAAGUGGCACCAAGUCUUACUUCACUGGCUAAGCGCUCGUCCGGAUUAUGAUGAAGUUACUGCUUGGUUUGUGGGUUGGAAGUCUUUGCUGCCGACCGAACUUUUGGCUAACGAUAAGAUACGACACCAGCUCAGCAUAGCACUUGAUUUGAUUAAUCAGGGUAUUGAGGCGACACCAAGCAUCCCACAGGCUGUACGGGAUAAACUGACAUAUCUUCGAGCUGCAGAACACAGGCUUCAUAACAUAUCUCAACAAGUUCAUAGUGCCCCUUCCGUACAACCACCAAAACAACAUGCUGUUCAUAUGGACGAGAGUGAUUCUCCAGAAAUGACUUUGAAAGAAGUGACUGAAGCUUUUGCCCAAGAAAACGAUGUCCAGUUUAUGCCCAAACCAGGGCGUAUGCACGAGGGUCUUCAAGUAUACAGUUUUGGUGCUGUGAGUGUGGUCAUAGACAAUGCUAAGCAAAGCAUACUUGCUCAGACUGGUGACGGGUGGAAAUCAGUCCACCUUGGACAAAUAUUGGAAAUGCAUCGCAGUCGUGGUGGCAGCCGCUGGAAAUAAUAGGUGUUAUAAACUGGAGACGAGGAUUUUGAAUCCAAUUGAGGUGCUGAAAACGGGAGGAUAUUUUUGAGGAGCAGCGGCGGAGCAUGGAUGGGUAUGGUAUGACAAUGGAAGGGAGAUGAGUGUGGUGCACGCUGUCAGUGGUUGGGAUUGUGAACGCAAGUGAUGAGGAUCGUGCGAAGAAACGGUCCGUGCAGGGUUAGCAACAAGUGAAACAUCGCGAGUAUGUGUUGGAAGCUUGUGGACUGAGGGUUUGGACCCUACUCAUUCUCAGGAGCUGAUGCAGAAUUAUUUCAUCAUUGAAGUCGGUGAUUGAAUGGUGAGCGAGUUUGGAUUCCUGCUUAUUCAGGACUAUGGAUGCCAUCGAGUGAUAUUAUCAUGAGUACAGUUUAAGCAAGUGAGCACCAGAAACGACACCACCAUCUGAGCAAGGAUUGUGCGCGCGUGCCUUCCAAUGCAUGUUGUCUCGAAUCGGUAAAAUUAUGCUGUGUGAGCCUGGGCUGCGAUUACGAAUUGCAACUGCGACUCACACAUGAUCAGGAGUAUGGGAGCUGCUUUCUCAUUUGGUUGUCUUUUUUCUUGAACGGCUGACGUUAUUGUGCUCCCAUAACAACUCCUGAAGCUCAGGCACAGAGCCUGAUUUGGGCCUUCGGAGCUCUUUGCAAUUUAUCCUUGCAUAGAUUGUCAUUGACACAGUAUUAGUAUCUUCAAUUUUUUAGUGACAAUUCAAUAAACUGAAACAUUUAACCAGAGCUUAUGGAUGAGAGCCUGUUCAAGAAAUAUGGCUUGUAUUUACACACAAGAGAACUAGAUUUGAGGUAGGAGAAACUAGUGUAGCCAUGGACCAUUAGGUGUGGUAGAUGUGGUUCAUAAUACCAAGAUGAGUUCGCGGGUGUUCAGGUUUGUGAUACACACACACUCUCUCCCACACACGAUUUUAAACAAGUAUCUCUACAACAUUCUGACGGGUACAUUAAAGCUUUUGUAUAUGAAAGGAAAUUUCAAAGA